GCAGCCUGACGUGCAGAAGCACGGCACUGAACCAGUCCAUAGUGCAUGCAAGAGCUACGUGUUCGGGACUGACUGGACCGGAAAGAUGUUCCCAAAGCGGAGCGCGUUCGUGCUUGUUGAUGUGUUCUGCUUGGCGCUGGCUACCUUACCAUGUUUCAUCUUGAAUCUGAUCUACAGUCCAUACAAGCGUGGAUUCUACUGUUCUGACGAUUCUAUAAGGUACCCUUACCAAGGCGACACCAUCACUCAUGGUGUUCUGGCGGGUGUUACCAUCCCUUGCAUAGUUGUAAUAAUCACUUCAGGAGAGGCGUAUUUAGUUUACAGUGGACGUCUUCAUUCAGGAUCAGAGUUUAAUAAUUACGUUGUGGCACUGUAUAAAGUUGUGGGCACAUUCCUGUUUGGUGCUGCUGUCAGCCAGUCAUUGACUGACAUUGCUAAGUACACCAUUGGCAGGCUUCGUCCCAACUUUUUGUCCGUGUGUGACCCUGACUGGUCAAAAGUGAACUGUUCAUUGUAUGUCUCUGUGGAGGAUAUCUGUAGAGGGAGCCGCAUUAAUGUCACAGAGUCCAGAUUGUCAUUUUAUUCUGGCCAUUCCUCCUUUGGGAUGUACAGCAUGCUUUUCCUCAGUUUGUAUUUGCAAGCUCGUCUAGCUGCCGAGUGGGCCCGUUUGCUUCGCCCCACAAUUCAGUUUUUCCUGAUUGCUUUUGCUAUUUAUGUUGGUUACACUCGAGUUUCUGAUUACAAGCAUCACUGGAGUGACGUACUGAUGGGAUUACUGCAAGGAGCAGUUGUGGCCACCUUAACUGUGAGGUAUGUGUCUGACUUUUUCAAGAAAAGACCUCUGGUUAAACACAGAGGGAAAGAGGAAGAUGAAGAAGAAGAAGAAAGGGAGCAGAAGCCCAGCUUGCCACUUAAAGAGCCUGAGCAAAACAAUCAUUAUACUUGUAACUUUAGAGGAGCUCCAUGAAGCUGGAAUCACAGAACCACAUGCAGACUGUAGCAUGUUGUUCACAGAAACUCAUUUUCAGAACAUUGAGAGAACUAUGUCUGGGAAUUCAUCAGAUACUUUGAGCUUCAUUCCUGCUUCUUUAUGCCUUUCACCAGCAGAAGAGCAGGGACAAAGAGACUCUGCUUUUUUUGGCAUAGGAGAUACAGCCUUUACAAGUGGAUGGCAGAGUUCUGUGAAGAAGGGAACUCUGAAAAUUGUUGACCCUGUGACUGCUUGUGCUUGCUUGGAGCUACUAAAGUAUGCAUCCCAUUGCAGGGAAAAUACAAAGUGCUAGUCACUUGUGCCAUUUAAAAACCAAAAGAAUUAACCUAUUCAAUUUCUGUGGAAGGAGCAUUGUAACUCCAUGAAUUUUCCUUUCGCUUGGCACUAAGAGCUUUUUAAAUGUCCUGGCUAAAGCUAGUAGUAUACAGCUCAAUCAGUUCUGAAUUCAGUCAUAUGGCUGGAUAAUAUGCAUUUUGCUGAUUAAGAGUGCAUGUGGUCACUGCUGCCCAGGCUAUCUGUGUCUUGUAAUUCAGGCUUUGAAAUAUUCUGUCAUUUCUUCUAGACUCUAACAUCACUCCUUGUACAAAUGCCUUUAAUUUGCUUUACAGUUAUACCUGCCCAGUAACUGAAGAGUUUGGAUUUGCUUUACUUGAGGUGGGAUGGGACUCUCCAAUACCCAGGGAAGAGGGUACCUGCAAUCUUGUAGGGUCACUACUGCCCAAGAAGCAGGAGGCAUACAAGCAUCAGUGCCUAAAGGGGGGAAAAGGUCACCUGAAGGUACUGGAUUACAUCUUUGAGGAAACAGCAGCUACAAUAAUGUCAUUUUGUCCAUUUUCUUUUAAGAGGUACACUUGGCACCUGUUGCCGUUUGAGUUUUACACUUUCAUUUCUUUGAAGUACCUGUUUUUUAAUUAUUGGAAAUGCUGUAAGGCAGCCCUCCACACUGAUUGCCAGUAACUGCAGGAAGUAAAAUAUGGAACGAAUAAAGAUAGCAUCCUGGGCACCUGACAUCUGUUGAUAGUAAGCCUUAUAACCUCUACUUCCUGAGCUUAUACUAAUUGCAGUGGUAGGGCUUGGAUGUACAUAUUCUGAGCUUGCAUUAAACAGAGAUAGUAAGACUUGGAGCAUAACCCUUGAGUAUGCCUUAACUGUAGCUAGUAGGGCUUGGAUAUGUACAUCUUCUGCACAUGUAAGCCACAGGGAAUAAUGAUCUGGACCUUAAUGUCCUGGGCACAUAUAAAUAUAGCUAGUGCAUUUUGGAACAUAAACUUCAUGCGCACAUAUAAAUUAUAGGUGCUAAGGCUUUGGAUAUGUAAUUCCUGAGCAUGUAUUAACUGUAAACAUCUGGCCACAUAAACAUUAGUAAUGUAUAUUUGCUUUAAACUAUUAAUAUAUGCUUACCAUGUAAACCUUAACUGCAGUUAACCAGUUGUAGAGCUGUAUGGAAAUAGGAAAUACACCCUGGGGAUCACUUCUGUGUCUCUGCUCGACAAUGGCACAGGAAAAUAACUUUCUUGGGUGGCGUAAGCCAGGGAACCUUGUUGGCUAGGCUUAUGUAGGCCCUUGGGCCGAUAGCCUAGUACCUACCUAUGAAACCUGUAUGUAUGCUUACCUGCAGAUCAGAAAUUAUGUGAAUUGUAAAGACAUGCAUUGAGCAGUUUUGUAAUUGUAUAACCGGUUGGAAAGUUUUUAACUAUAUGUCUAGUUAAUGAUAUAUGAGGUUAUCCAUAUGUUUUUUGGGGGGGGUAUUUGAACAAAAUAGUUGUUAGAUGUGCUCUAACAUGCAGAAAGGUUUGUCUGUAGGCAAGUUUUGUCACCAGAACUCAUUUCAGAAAAGGAUAAGAGAAGUAUGCCAUUAGUAUGUGCAGGAACAUUCCUCGUCAUGUGGUAUGCAGACAGGGUCUACUUCUAAUCAACGAAUACUCAUUGUUUUGAAGAUUAGAAAGCAGACACCCACUUUCACAAGAGUGCAGUUUCAGGAAAGUCACUUAACAGAAUCACUGUACAGUGAGGAUAAGGAAAUAUACCCUUUUCCCCAUUGUAAUGUGAUCUCUGAGUUAGUAUAUAUUGGUAGCAAGGGUGUGGGGGGGUUGUGGGGUGCAGGGGGGCUUGCCCCCCUGCAAAAAUGUAUUGUUCUUUGCCGGACAUACCUCUGGUAAUUACAUUUACUAACUCUGAGAUCACACUACAGUGGGGAAAAGGAUAUAUUUCCAUAUCCCCACUGUACUGUGAUUCGGUUAAGUGAAUUUCGCGAAAGUGCACCACUUUCGAUUAAGUGCACUUUCGUGAAAGUGGGUGUCUGCUUUCUUAUCUUUGAAAAAAUGAGUUUUCAUUGAUUAGAAGUAGACUCUGCAAACAAUACCUGAAUACCAGUGACUAAAGAUUAGCUUGCGUGCUUUUUGUGCUUUGGGACUGAAUAACUCUCAUGUUAUGAGAUGUAGGUGUACAUGUAAACAUGAAUAAUAUUUUGCAACCAUGAGUACAGUUUUAAUAUAGUUUGGGAAACCUACCCAUCAAAAAAUGGGCAAAGUGUUACAAACAACAAAGUAUGCUAUGUUGUAUACCCUUUUACCCCAUCUAGGUGUCAGUAGUAUUUUGUUAUUAAUCAGGUGUAAAAACGUAUGCAUUGCUGAGCAUUGUUUUACAAGAGUGUUUGUUUGUUUGUCUUUUCGGCUUUUCCCAGUUAGGGGUCGCCACAACGGAACUCCCGUCCGCUAAUGAUUGGCAGUAGAUUUUUAUGGUGCCAAGUUGCCAGCCCAACGCCCAAUCUUCAGUGAAGGCACGCCCAUUCACGAGUGUCUUUCGAACGCCACUCAACCGCGGGGAGGAGAAAUCUAACAGUCUGUUUGGUUUGUGAUUAAGGAGUUAUAUUCCAUGUUCGUACCUUGAAUAUUUGAAGAGAAACUGAUUUCCCACUUGGAAUCCUGUAGCUUACAGUACAUGUCUUUAAUAAAAUGGAUUAAGUGUGGUGUGAGGGUCUGUAACAGGCAUCCUGGCAUUUGGUGUGAAAAGAACAACUAUUUUUUUAGAGUCAAGGGCCAUGUCCUCAGCAACCUAACAAACACCAGCAUCUGGGUUGUUUGAUUGUCAUCCAUUUUAGACUAAUCUUUUAUUAUUGGGCAGAACACUCAGAUGCUCGGGUUCAUUGGCCAGGACAAGAAGGCCUUAGCAGAACCUAGAAUACAUUAUCAAGCUUAGAACUCCAAGCUGAGUUUGUGGCCAUUUGGCCAUAACAAGAACAUCGUGGGAGAAUGCAGUGUCCUUCCUGUUUUAAGCAGUCAAGCUUCUGUUUGUUAGACUAGGAAUUGAUCAAGUCCAGGACUGCAUUUGGGAUGGUCAGUUUUCAGGGUUUAGACUUUUUGAGGCUGACAUCCAAACAAAGAUGAGUACAAUAUUACUCUUCAUUUUCCUUGCUACUGCCUUGCAGCAUUGGAAUUGAUAUAAUAUGUUUUCCCAUGAAAGGCAGAGUGCAUACACUCACCACACCUGUAUCAUUUUUCUUUCACACUUUUUUGAAAUGUUCUUAGGACCCCAGAAUUGCAGGCAGUUGCUCUCUGCAAAACUGAUGAAAUUAGUCAAGUGUCAUGAUUUCUUGUGAUUAUUGCACAACAAACAAGAGUUAUUGAAGGCUUCAUGCUUUGCUUUACUUUCCUCAGUAAAGCUGAUCCAUUCUGUGAUCUGAUAAGUCCAUGAGACACCUGUGAAGACAGAAAUGUUGGAUUUGAGUAUUCUAUUUCUGCCUUUUGUGUUUUCUGCUGGACUACUACUUAGUACUAAGAAAACAAGACCACUGUUCCUCUUUCAUUAUUUUCCUGAGCCUGUAUUCAGCUAACAUGACAUGAAAUCAUUAGCACGGUUUCAGACUGUGAUGUCAUGAAGAAGUAUGACAUCCCUUAUAGAUUUGAUUGUCUGUACAGACCACAUAAGAUGGGAGAUUGAGCAUUUUUUGUGGAUAUUCACAGCAUAAACACCUGACUGGAAAAUUUAAUUUGAGUGUACAACUGCUAGAAGUUCUAAAAGACUUGUCAGGUGUGACCUUAGUACAUCUGUACUACUUGCAUCUCUGCUCCUUACUUUCUUUCUCCUCUGUUAAUUGUCCUGCCACUUGUGCUACUGUUACUUCCUUUUGAGUAGUAGAAUAAUUAUGUACAGUUGUAGUAUAUUUCAUAUUCAUUUGCUGGGGAGGGGUUACAGUAGGUUAAUGGAAUUCACUUUUCAUUGCUAUAAAUCUGCAGGGUUUCCCAUUCACAUAUGCUUGAUCUUACAAAAAAUAAAUAAAUAAUAGCACUUUUUGGGGAAACCACUCUUUGAGUUGAAGUAUGGCUGUAAUAUCUGCUGGAGCAGUAAAGGAGAUAAUAGGACUUGGGUGUAAUAUCAGAAGAGAAUAUUGGUACAAAACCUAAUAAACACCGUUAAUAUAGUCAUAAGAUAGCAACUAGUGAAAUCAGACUAGCAAGAUGCACCAUGUGUGUGUCUACUCUAUUACAGGAGUAGUCUUCCACAUGUAGGCUGUGUUUCUAUUUAUGGGGUCUAGUCUCUCAGAAAACACCUUUUAAUCUCCCAAAAGUCAUUUUUGUUACCAUGUCCUGGGGAUAGGGCCAGCACACGUAAGUUACAUGUGUGUGUUUGAGAGAGAGACCAUCUCUCGAGAUGUCAUAGGGGGUAGUACCUUGGUGUUCCAUGACUGGCAAGGAGACUCUGAUUUUCUUGUAACCUUGUCCUCUACAGAAUUCAGAACUUGACAGUCUUGUCUUUUUGAAAGUAAGUGCUAGAGGAGUCAGCAUUUGACAUCAUCUUUAAGGGGAUAAUCUCUGCAUUUGAAAGGAUACACUGAAAGAAUCGUGAGGGGCUUUUUGGAGGUGAAUUUGUGCUGAUUGGAUCGGUUCUGUGUAACUGCUGCAUAUACCGUAUAAGUUCAAUAUGUGCUGCCCCAUUAUAUUUCUAGUAUGGCAUAUAGUUUAAGCUGUGACUGUGCACUUUAAAGCCAAAGAAGUAAAACUCCAGCAAAGAAAGUACAGAUUAAUUAUAAGAGUCUUCAGUUAUGGACUUUAAAGUAGAUCAAUAGCACAAUCUAUAGCCAAAGUUCUUUUCCUGUUCCAGACUUCUGAUUAUCUAAGUGUUGGUUUCUGGUUAUUUUAGGUUGCUUUGACUGCUGGUAACAGUAGUUGAGCUUUAUAUUAAUACAUUUUCAGUUGAAGAGUUACUAGAGUGGAGAGAAACCUUAGUUUUUGUUUCUUUUUUCAAAUUUUGGGUGGCUUCUUUUAUUUACUAUGUCCCAGUGUCCCUCCCCAAAUCAGCCUCCACAACAUUGCGGAGAGAAGUUUUAGGCACCUAGUCUGGGACCAUACUGAUGGUAGGGAAGCCUUUUCUGAUUGGCCUUACCCUUAAUGUUCAUAUGGUACCAUGAACUCCUCCUUCAAUGAAUGGCCUGCCUUUGCCCCCUCACUUCUGCCAGAGAGAGGAAGGGAAGAACUAUGAACAGGCAAGUACCAACCUCCCUCCCUUCAACUGAAAGUAGGACAGCCAGCCCGACCUGUUCAUUUUCCACUCCAACACUAACUAUGACUUCUUAUUUGCUAGCAAAACAUGGGUUUCUACCACAGAGAAAAGCUUUAGUGCAUUUUCACUUGUAGUCCUUGUCCACCAGCCGAAUCACAGGAUGACUUGAAGCUAAACAAUAAACCUCUGCGUCCUGUGUAAUGGUUGCUUGCCUUACUUAUAAACACCAUACAUUGUACAUGCUGCUGGUCUUCUUCUCUUUAUUGUGUUAAUGCAGCUGAAGAUGGAGUGUGAAUGCUGUUAGCCCUUCAUAAGGUUUACAAGGGGCAGAUAGUACUGGUGCACCUAACGCCGAUACAGCUCCACUUUGGUUCAUUGCUUUUUUCUAAGCUGAUUGUACGUAUUGUUUUGAUCAGAGAACCACAUGGUGGGAGAUGUGCAGAUUAUGCAUACUGAAUGACCAAGCACAAACCCUGUGGUGCAUCUACAUUACAAGAGUUGUUAAUGUGUGUCUCUUAAAGUAUGACAAGGAUGAGCUUUUUUCUUUUACUAGAAUAUGAAUAUUAAAUGUUAGCAACAGUGUAAAGCUUUAUAGGUACUUUGUUGAAUGUACCAAAUUUACAUACGGCUGAACAGUAUGUAUCUAGUAGCGGUGAAUGAUUGCUUGCAUUGUACUACAUGUAUGUAUGUGUAUGUAUAUGCUUAAGUGUAUGGGAUGUGUGUUUUGUCAUUCAACACUUUUAUAUUGUGAAACCCAUUCAAUUGAGAACAGCAAACUGAAUGAACAGCUAGCUAAUACAUUCUGCAUGGGGGUGGGGGUGGGGUCUGCUUCACUCCCUAACUAAUAUAGCAAAAUCCAGGGCUGCAGAACCAUGGAGGAAGUUAUGGACAUGUUUUGAAUUGCUUGAUCAGUCUGCUGGCCUUGACCAAGUAGGUUUGACAGCAUUUGUGUUCGGUAACCAAAAUAAAAAGGAACCAUGUGUAGUACAUAGUAUGUAAUGUACAUAAAUAUGAAUACAGACACAAAUAUGUACUGUUAUUCUGCUUUUAUAUGUUAUAAAGGAAAAGCACCAAUCUGCUCUGUACAAACCUAAUUCUGAUGUCUUACUUUGCAUUUUAACUGUACUGCCUGUUUUUCCUGAAUGUUUAAUGUGAAGUGCAGAAUUCCAGUUUUUCUAUGUGUGCAUUGAAAAAGCUGUUUUAAUAAAUUUGAAGGACUAAUGUCCUUAUAUUAAAGUAA